AUGCUGGGAAUCAAGAAGACCAGGACGACUCCUUUGCACCCUCAGUCGGAUAGACUCGUAGAGCGGAUGAUCCGAAUCUUGUUGCAGUACUUAUCCCAGUUUGUUGCUGAGAACCAGAAGGACUGGGAUAAAUGGAUUUCGAUGUUCCUCUUGGCCUACCGUUCCUCACGUCAUGAGACCACUCAGAAUUCUCCGUCCAUGAUUCUUAUGGGAACAGAACUGCGUUUACCCAUGGAUCUUCUAAGAGGACUAGCACCUAAUACACCGAAAGUGGAAAAUGAGUUCAUCGAGGAAACCCGAGGAAGAAUCGUAAAAGUACAUCGCUUCGUUCGAGAACGCAUGCAGAUCUGUGCAGAGAAGACGAAGACUUGGUACGAUUCUGCUUCGAAACCGAUUUCUUUUAUGCCUGGAGAGAAAGUUUGGUUUUUCAAUCCUCGAAGAACAAAAGGAAAAUGUCCGAAAGUGCAAUCUGAUUGGAAAGGACCCUAUGUGGUUAAGGAUCGGUUGAACGAAUUGAUUUAUCAAAUAGUUCGUCUUCCGAAAUCCAAGCCUAGGGUCGUACAUGUUGUGAGGAAGGAGAGUUACUACACACGCUGUUCUGUACGAGAUCUUUAUUCUGACUGA